AUGGACAUUAGUGGUGUGCAUCGCGCAGACUGGGAGCGACGAAGAAAAAUACGACUAGCGCAGGUUAGGGACCAAUCUAAAACAUUAGCUAAGACAAUACGUGAUCGUGUCCACGGGGCUGUUGCAAUUCAGUUGGAUCAACGAGAGACGGCGAGAAAUAUAACAGAACAUAAAUUUAAAUCCCUGGCUGUAAACAAGUUGAAAAGUGAUUUUAAUUACUUGAUACAAGAUGUUGGCAACGGUUACUCAGUUGCAUCAGUUCAACAGGAUCCAAAUAUAGUAUUGGCCGAGAAGCGAUUGAUAGACCGUUGUAAAGCUAUAUCAAGAGGUGCUGAAGCAGAUAAACGGCGACAACGGAUUGAAGAAGAACAGCGGAUGGACAAAGAAAUGAGAGAUAGAAGAACACAUUUCAAUAAGACAGUUGAAAAAAUACGGUCAACACUAAUAACAAGUGUUCAAAAUGUUGACGAUGAUAAUACUCACAGACGUAAUAUAAAAGAACACAAUGAAUGUUUCUUUAUUCCAAGUCAAGUAACUUUGAAUGAAUCAAAUAUCAUAAAUCGGAAUUUUAAUAAAAAAUUUUCAAAACCUUGGUCAGUAGUUAUUAGUUCCAAAGAAAAUCAAAAGGAGAAAUUACAACAAUUAACCACACAUGAUGAAAAUAAAGAAAAUGUAUCUACAUUUUCAAAGUUGGAAACAGAUUUGAAAACCUAUGAAACAUUAGUUUUAGAAUUAAAUAAAUUAUGUGCUGAAGAACAAAACAUUAGCAAAAAAUUAUUUCCCGAUAACUUAAAAGAAAUUCCUAUGGCAUGUCAAAAUAAUGAACCAUCCGAAUCUAAAGGAAAAAAGCAAACAAAAGAAAUUACUAGAAAAAAACACAAUACAUCAAAUGAAAGAACUAAGCUUAAUGAAACUAAAAAACAGAUAACUGAAAUUAGACUUGAUGAGUCAAAUGCGUCUACAUCUAUAUGUAUAUCGUCAUCCACAUCAACCAGUAUUAAUUAUGAACAACCUCCAAAGAAAACUAUUCAUUUUGAAAAAGAAUGCAAAAAAAAGAACCUAACCAGUACUAAAUAUGAGCAACCUUCAAAGAAAACUAUUCAUUUUGAGAAAGAGAGCAAAAAAAAGAUUAUACAACCAAGCACCAAGUUAAAUUAUAAAGAAAAAUUUGCUUCUGGAAAACCUUUACAAAAUAUAAACAAUAUAGUGCAAAGAAUUAAAAACAAAAAACAACUGCUUGUAAAAGAGAUAUCCGCUGGUACUAGUGGAAAUACAGGUGCUAAUAUCAAACAAUUAAAGACAGUUCCUUCAAUUCCUAAAAUUUUACCUAUACCUAAAAACUGUUGUACUGGUAACAGUUUACGAGAGGAAAUUCCAGUAAAUUAUGCUAAACUUCCAGAUUCAUUUUACAAUGGUCAACUUGAUACAUUAAAAAAACAGAUAUCAAAAAAACAAUUGAAAGUUCUUGAUUCCAAAAAUAAUAAGUCAAUAAAUGAAGAUCUAAUGGCACACAUAAAUACAUUAUUAAAAAUGUCACCUUCAGACGUGGAUAACUUAUCAACUUCAUCUUGUUCAAGCGUUAAAUUUGAUGAAAGUGUUUUACAGCAUUCAAAAAAAGAUACUCAAUAUUACUGCAAAAUGUUGAACUGUAUAUCAAAAUGCUUAAAUGCAGAUAUUUCUGACAUAAAUCAAGACACAGUGUUUGAUUCUCCCAAAAACAUAAACUUAUUAAAUAAACUUCAACAAUUAACAAAUUAUUAUUUAGAAAAAACUCAUGAAAUGAAAAAUAUCUGUGAUGAAACUCCUCAAGUUCUUAAUGAUGAAUGUCAUAAGACUAAUUCUAAUACUAAUAAAGAGAAGAGUUCUAUCAAUGUAUCUUCAGACUCAUCAGUUGAUGGAGAAUAUAUAUUAGGAAAUUUAAAUAAAUUAUUACAGGAAAAAGGAAUUAUUAAUUCUGACAAAGAAUGGCCAAUGUUCAAACAUAUUGAUGAUGAUGAUGAUAGAAGUUUAACUGAUCAACUUCUUGAUAUAUAUCCAUGUAGUUCAUAUGAUAGAUGA